AUGGAAGCUCCGUUGCAUCGUCGAUGGAUUGAUAAUCGGUGUAUGCCAAGAAGGGGUGGGAUCACUCCUGAAUUUUAUGCUGGUGUUGAUGAGUUUAUUCAACUUGCAUCUUCUCAAGAAAGUUUCAUAAGGCUAGGAGUGUUGAAAUGUCCUUGUAUGAAAUGUGAGUGUUUGAAGUUUAAACCAGUUAAUGAGGUGAAAAGGGAUCUUUGUAAGCAUGGGUUUAUGAAAGGGUAUUAUUAUUGGACGAACCAUGGGGAAGAAAUGCCAAUAAUGCCUCAAAAUGUUAUUGUAAAUGAAUAUUAUAGAGAAGAUAAUUUUAGAGAUCAGUUUAAUCCGUAUGAGCAAAUGGUAAUGGAUGCAGCAGGACCGUCACAUGCGCCUGCUACAAUGCAAGGAGCGUUUAGCGAAAGUGGUCAUCAGUCGUACAAUAUUGAGGAACCACCUAAUGAAAAUGCAAAAGCAUUUUAUGAGAUGUUAUCUGCUGCACAAUCCCCAUUAUACUCGGGUUGUGAUGCAGAGAGUGAACUUUCUGCUGCAUUUAUGCAACAUACAAUGCUAACUGGUAAUCGUGUGCCCGAUGACUUUUAUCAUACUAAAAAGUUGGUUUUUAAGCUUGGACUUGGUUGUCAGAAGAUUGAUUGUUGUCCAAAUAGUUGUAUGUUAUAUUAUAAGGAUGAUCAAUUUGAGAGGAGUUGUAAGUUUUGUAGUCAUCCUCGUUUUAAGUCUGCAAGAAGUGGCACAGGAAAAUUUAAAGAAAUUCCUUUCAAGAGAAUGUGGUAUUUGCCCCUCAUACCAAGAUUGCAAAGAAUCUAUGCUUCAACCAUUACUGCUUCGAACAUGAGGUGGCACUAUGAAAAUUGGAGAGAGUUUGGGGUAUUGUCUCACCCGUCUGACGGUGAAGCAUGGAAAUAUUUUGAUCGGACACAUCCUGGCUUCUCUACUGAUCCUAGAAAUGUAAGGCUUGGUUUGUGUGCAGAUGGGUUCACUCCAUAUGGUCAAUCGGGUCGCCCGUACUUUUGUUGGCCAGUAAUUGUGACUCCAUAUAAUUUGCCUCCUGGAUUAUGUUUGAAAAGAGAGUUUAUGUUUUUAACUGUUAUUAUUCCGGGUCCUUCAAAUCCCAAAAGUAAGAUAGACGUAUUUUUACAGCCUUUAAUUGAUGAAUUGAAAUUUCGAAGGAAUACAACUGCAUUUCGAAAAAAUAAAAUUGAUAAUUCUUAUCCACCUCCUCGUUUAAGUGGAGAAAACGUAUUUGGUAGAGUAUGUAAUGUCCCAUCUAUCUUAGAACAACAAAAUUGUGUUAUGAUCGGAUAUGGUGUGCAACACAAUUGGACAAAAAGAAGUAUUUUUUGGGAUUUGCCAUAUUGGAAAGAUAAUCUUAUCUGACACAAUUUAGAUGUCAUGCACAUUGAGAAGAAUAUUUUUGAUAAUCUUUUCAAUACAAUCAUGGAUGUGAAAGGUAAAACUAAAGAUAAUAGCAAAGCUAGAAUGGACCUGAAAGAAUAUUGCAGGCGGAAGGAGUUGGAAUUAGUAGAACGUGGUGGAGGUAAAUAUUGGAAACCUAAAGCUCAAUAUACUUUCACAAGAGAACAAAAGUUAAGUAUUUUGAAAUGGAUAAAAGAACUUAAACUCCCUGACGGGUAUGCAUCUAGAUUGGGCAGAUGUGUUGAUAUGAAGAAUGGAAAAUUAUUUGGUUUGAAGAGUCAUGAUUGUCAUGUUCUUAUGGAGUGGUUACUUCCAACGGCAUUUUCAGGAUUACCAGAUCGAAUUUGGAGUCCAAUAACUGAAUUAUGCCAGUUUUUCAAAGAAAUAUGCUCAACAAUGUUAAGAACUGAACAUUUGGAAGUUAUGGAACAGAACAUCCCAAUCAUUCUAUGCAAAAUAGAGCGUGUAUGUCCGCCUGGAUGGUUUAACUCAAUGGAACAUCUCCCGGUACAUUUGGUUUACGAAGCAAAGGUUGGAGGGCCGAAAAAAGUUCGGAAUAAGGCUCGCAUAGAAGGAUCUAUUUGUGAGGCAUAUUUAAUUGAGGAGACAGCCACAUUUGGUUCAUAUUAUUUUGAAUCAAAUAUUCAAUCAAGGAGGACGAGAGCCCCCCAAAAUGAUGAUGGGGGAGAAUCUUCGCAUCCACAAAUUUCUAUCUUUAAUUAUCCGGGUCGUGCAGCUGGUCCAAUGAAAAAAAGAUGGUUGGAUGUGAAUGAGUUCCAAACAGCAAAGUUAUAUGUCUUGCUAAAUACGCCAGAGUUGCCUCAGCACCUCAAGUAUGCAUUCUUGGAGAAAGAUGAGAAGCUGCCAGUCAUCAUUGCAAACAACUUGCAACCUGACCAAGAGAACGGUUUUUCUGGAUACUUUCAGAUUUGCAUAGCCCUAGAGGAUCAAGAGAAGACCACCUUCACCUGCCCCUUUGGCACAUUCGCUUAUAGGAGAAUGCCUUUCGGUCUAUGUAAUGCUCCAGGUACCUUUCAGCGAUGCAUGGUAAGUAUAUUUUCAGAUUUUCUAGAGCAUUGCAUGGAAGUGUUCAUGGAUGAUUUUUCAGUUUAUGGCACUUCUUUUGAUGAUUGCUUGGUUAGCUUGGGUAGAGUCCUAGAUUCUGACCAUGCAGCCUUGAAAUACCUAUUGAAGAAGCCCGAUGCUAAGCUCAAACUUGCAUGUGGUGGUCACUUUGGUCCCCAACGUACAGCUAGGAAAGUCCUAGAUUCUGGAUUAUAUUGGCCUUCACUCUUUAAGGAUUCAUAUGAGUUCUGUAAGAAUUGCACACGUUGCCAACACACAGGCACUAUAUCACGUAGGAAUGAAAUGCCUCAACAACCCUUAUUAUUUUGUGAAAUCUUUGAUGUUUGGGGCAUUGACUUCAUGGGUCCAUUUCCUGUGUCAUUUGGUUAUGUGUACAUUCUGUUAGCUGUGGAUUAUGUUUUUAAGUGGGUGGAAGCUAAAGCCACCAGGACUGAUGAUGCUUCUGUGGUUGCAGAUUUUGUUCGUUCUCACAUCUUUUGCAGGUUUGGCAUGCCCAGGGCCAUCAUCAGCGACCAAGGAUCCCACUUUUGCAAUAGAAAGAUGGACACCCUACUUCGUAAGUAUGGGGUAAUACACAAAGUGGCGACUCCUUAUCAUCCACAAACUAAUGGGCAAGCUGAAGUCUCAAAUAGGGAGAUCAAGCAGAUUUUGGAGAAGACUGUCCAGCCCAAUAGGAAAGACUGGAGCCAGAGAUUAGAAAAUGCGCUAUGGUCACCACCCCCACCACCACCCUCACAACCUUUUGCUCCCAUGCCUCAUCAAUUUCCAUAUCCUGGAACCACGAUGCCGCCAUGGGGUUAUUAUGGUGUUCCACCUACUUUCUACCCACCAGAUGUUGUACCACCGAGUGGCCAAUAUGUUGGGGGAACUUCUCAUAUGCCAGACAAACAUUCCCCAUACACAUUCAUGCCGACACCGCAAGGACUCAAUUCAUCAUCUGCUUCUGCACAACACUCUGAGCCCAUUCCAACUGACCCGGCAACUGAAUUGAAUCGUGAGCCCAAUGAGUUUGAAUUCUUCAAGAGAACCCACACCAGGAAAGAUAAUCAAGGAGAAGAAGUGUGGGUCGAUGACAGAUCUAGGGUCGUCGUUGAAAAAUAUGAAAGAUUGAGUGCGGAGGCAUCUUCAUCAUCCGCAAGUACCGGAGAGUCCUCAUUGCCUACAGUUAAUGAACACGACAUCUUCUAUCAAGCUGUUAGUGGUCGGAAUAGAAAGGGUCGAAUGUACGGGCUGGGCUCCCAAGCUAAUUUGUUAUAUCCAUCUACCACCAAUCGUUCUAGCCAAUCAUCUUCACAUAUGUCACCAGAGUUUGAACAAAUGAAACUUAAAGUCACCCAAUUAACUGAUGAGUUGCUUGAAUCUCGGGCUGAGAAUCGGCAAUUACGACAGUAG